UCUGUGUGUACUCUCUAUGUGUACUAUCUGUGUGUACUGUGUUCAUCGCAGCCCUACUCAGUCAACCAAUCACCUCCUUCCUAUUGAUGUAGCUACUCCCUGAUUGGCUGUUCAGUCAUCUCUUCGAGCAUGUCAUUUACUCAACCGGCCAAUCACCAUCUCGAUACAGAACAAUAUAUAUAUACACAUAUUCCUAAUUACCUCUCACUAUUAUACUAACUACCUACCUAACUACCCAUCCUCAUUAGACAAUUUAACUAUCUAACUACCUUGUUCCACAGAGCAAAGUGGGAAAGUCAAUGGCAAAGGCAAUUAAGAAAGACGGAGGGGCUUCAUAUGCUGUUGGUAGCCCAGGCGAACUCUUGUAUCCUGCGUCAGGUGGAUCCGAUGAUUGGGUAGCAGGUAUAGGAAAGGUGCCGUUUGUUUACACCAUUGAAUUAAGAGACAAAGGUGCUGCGGGUUUUAUUUUACCCAAAGAACUCAUUAAACCCACCGUAAGGGAUGCCUGGUCGGCCAUCAAACGCCUUCAUAAACAUAUCACAAACGCGAAGAGCGGACCAAGGACGGCAGUGGUCCAGGGGGCAGUGGAGGCCGUGACUGUCUCACCCCCUGAGGCAGACACGGCGCAGGAGCCUGCCUUCGUCCUUGAGACAGACACGACGAAGGUACCUGUCUCACCCCCUGAGGCAGACACGACGAAGGAGCCUGUCUUCGCCCUUGAGGAAGACACGACGAAGGAGUCUGUCUCACCCCCUGAGGCAGACACGACGAAGGUACCUGUCUCACCCCCUGAGGCAGACACGACGAAGGUACCUGUCUCACCCCCUGAGGCAGACACGACGAAGGAGUCUGUCUUACCCCCUGAGGCAGACACGACGCAGGAGCCUGCCUUCGCCCUUGAGACAGACACGACGAAGGAGUCUGUCUCACCCCCUGAGACAGACACGACGAAGGAGUCUGUCUCACCCCCUGAGGCAGACACGACGAAGGUACCUGUCUCACCCCCUGAGGCAGAUACGACGCAGGAGCCUGCCUUCGUCCUUGACACAGACACGACGAAGGAGCCUGUCGCACCCCAUGAGGCAGACACGACGAAGGAACCUGUCGCACCCCAUGAGGCAGACACGACGAAGGAACCUGUCUUUCCAGUUGAAACAAAUAUUCCUAAAGAGACAGAAACAACGGUUCUUGUAAUCCUACCUGAGACAGACGGAACAGAUCAGACAAUUGUGAAGACAGACGGAGAGACCACACAGACAGACACACCAUCAGAACCUCUUGCUGAAGAAGCUGUCAUCAGGAUCCACGUCGAGGAGGAUGGGGCGGCCCAUCCUCAACCCGACCAGGUCCAUAUUUGUAUCCAAACGAAACAGACGGACACAGACUUACCACACUCCCCCGUACAGACAGACGACAUAGCCACAAACAAACAGACACAAGACAGUAAAUCUAUCAUAAUAAUUCAAGUUGAUGACCCACCUGUAGAAGGUGUGGUUGAUCCUGAAGCUGAGAAGAUUCAUAUUCGUAUUCAGACUAAAAAACAAGAGACGUCGGUGGCCAGAGAGGACAACCCCGUAGAGAUAAACUUCAGGAUUAGGAACCAACAGCCUGUCGAGGGCGUUGGAGGUGACGUGGGCGUGGUGAGGGGAGAAAGAAGAGGCGUGGUCGACAACAGCAGCAGCGUGGAAGAUAGUUCAGAGUAUCACCACCAGAGUAUGGAGGGAAGCGCUGAGGAAAGUGGUGAAAGCAGUGAACAUUAAUGAGAGGAGGAGAAGGAGAAGAAACACAAGAAGAACAAGAACAAGAAGAACAAGAACAAGAAGAACAAGAACAAGAAGAACAAGAACAAGAAGAA